GAAUUUGACUUAUAAACCGCCAUUACGAUCAAACAGCCGAAAAAAUCUUUUAUAUUUUGUUGUUAAUGGGCGUACCAGCCAAUUGUGUAACAGUUUUUUUUCUGAUUUUUUUUUAAAUUUGUAAAUCCGUCGAGGUUUUAGUUUUUAAGUCAAUGUAAAAUAUGGAGUUUUUGAAUUGGAAAAACAUUCUGCUCGAAUGGGCAAAUCGUCUGAACUAUCUUGGACGGGCGCACUACAGUCUGAAUAUGGUGGAAAUUGAAGCGUUCUACGGUGAAUUCCGAACGAAUGUAACAUCGAAAGAUAUUGCGUCAAAGAAAUUGGAUUCCUUUAUGACAAGUUACUUUCCCGAAUUUCAUCCGAGUUGGACCAACGAGGGCAAAAUGUCUCCCGACGACUAUGUGUUCGGCUUCUCGCUGCUGAUGUACUUCGCUUGCGUAAAGCACCCGGACGUAAACAUUCAAAGAAUAUGUAAGGAAAUGCAAGAGGAGUCACAGUUGGUCGUGGGGGCAUUUUUGAAAAAUCUAUUAGACAGCAAUUCGUUCAGCCGGGAAACCAUCAAAUGUGUCAUUGAAUCCUCAGCUCCGGCCAAACUGUCCGACUAUGUGUUGGCAUUGAGUCCGACCAAAAUCAGCGAAACGAACAUGUGUCUGGCGACACCGAAAUCGAAAAUUCUGAACGAGUGGAAUGCCGAAAAUCGGCAAUUGAAGGCACAGGUGGAAACCGAGCGUUUCGAGAGAGGAUUUUUGGAAUCGCUGCUGAAGAAGAAGGAAGAGGAAAUAAGUGAUCUGCAUCAGGAACGCAGGAAGUUCCAGUCAGACAUUCAACAGCUCAAAUCGAAAUUGACCGAUAAAGAUACCGAAAACAUCCCGGUCAAUUACAACGAUUCACAGAUGGAAAUGCUUAAACGUCGCCUGCGCAAAGACAUUGCCGACAAAGAUGCCGAAAUCAGUAAGCUACAGACCAAGGUGGACGACCUUAUCACCGCCAAACAGCAUUACGCCGAAAAACUAUCGCUCGUCGAAUCGCAGUACAAUAACUCGAUUGAAUGUUCAGCCGAAACUGGCCGAUAAGUUGGAGCAACUAACCGAAACUUGUGACAAACAGCAGGAACAUAUCAAAGGGCUGGAGAUCAACAUCAAGGAAUACCAGAAAUACUUCAACGAGUCCAGCUCCAAGGGUAAUUCGCUUGAAACGUCGUCGGACAAUCUCGAAGAUUCGUUUGCAUUAGCCAUGGCUAGUUUGGCAGAUCGCAGUACGUCCAGUCCGGAGAACAUGGGUCAGGUGGUGGAUAUGCAGCUGCGCGAACAGAUAGCGCUGUAUGAGAGUCUUCAGGAGAAAUGCAUUAGAAUCGAGGAGGAGAACAGCCGACUGAGAGAGCAGAUAGAGGAACACAUUCAGCGAACGUCUGUGUUGGAGUUACAGUGUCGUGACGCUGUGGAGGAGAAAAAGAUUAUUGCUCAACGUGCCGAAAAGGAAAGUGCAGAACUCACUGCCGUAUCGGAAGAAUUGAAUUUGAACGCAACGAAACUACAGGCACUUCGAUCGGAAUUGGAUUCGUUGACUUCAACGGUGAACGAGAACCAUCAAACAAUUGAAAUCUUGAACGAUGCAAAGUCAUCGUUGGAACAGCAGUUGAUUGUCCGAGAAAAUGAAGUUCUUGAGGUUCGAGUUCAGUUGGAAGCUGCAAAUGUCAAAUUGGAGGCGGCCGAAUCGAUACGUUCGGAUCUUGUUUCGCAGCAUGAGGAAGUUCUUCGGCAGAAGGAUGUGACAUUGGCGGAAGUAGAAACUGAAAAGCACAGUCUGACCGAUCAACUCAAUGCUCUUACGUCUCGUCUGGCCAACGUCGAAGAAAUCCACGAGAAACGGCAAACGCAGAUGGAAAAGGAAACAGAGGAACUUGACGCUGAACUACGUAAAACGAUCGGCGAACUGACCAACUGCCAAACGGAUCGCGAUUCACUUCAACAAACUGUUACCGAUUUAACGGAUCAGAUUGCAAUUCUCAGCGCGGAACGCCAAACCAUUGAUUCACAGCUGGCAGAUCUGACUGCAACCAACGAACAAGUGGUAUCAUCGUUGGCACAGCAGUUGAAUGUUUGCGAAAAUGAAGUUGCCGUGGUUCGAAUUCAGCUUGAGGCUGCAAAAGCCAAAUUGGAAGCGGCCGAAUCGAUGCGUUCGGAUCUUGUUUCGCAGCAUGGGGAACUUCUUCACCAGAAGAAUGAGACGUUGGCGGAAUUAGAAACUGAAAAGCACAAUCUGACCGAUCAACUCAAUGCACUUACGUCCAGUCUGUCCAACGCCGAAGAAAUCCUCGAGAAACGGCAAACGCAGAACGCAGAGCUUGUCCAGACGAUGGAUAGGGAAGUGGAGAAACUUGGCGCUGAGCUUCGUAAAACGAUCAGCGAACUGACCGACUGUCAAACGGAUCGCGACUCACUUCAACAAACUGUUGCCGAUUUAACGGAUCAGAUUGCAAUUCUCAGCGCGGAACGCCAAACCAUUGAUUCACAGCUGGCAGAUCUGACUGCAACCAACGAACAAGUGAUAUCUGACAGAGACCAAUUACGCGAUGAAUUAACCGCACUCGAAACGGAACGCAUUGAACUUGAAAGCUCGGCUAAACACAAUUGAAGCAGCCGUGCCGAUUUGGAAGCGCAGCUGCUUCAAUCUGAAGAUGAGAAGGAGAAAUUGUUCCUCAAUCUGCAGGAGAAAAUCGACGAGGCCGAAGCCACCGAAUUAACAGUGAAAGAAUGGUCACGGCGAUGCGAAAGCGAAGCAGCUAAAUACCAAACUGCAGUGAAGACAAAUGAAUUGGCUUGCGAAGCAUACGAGAAACAGAUCAGCGAUCUAACGAAUGCAGUCUCCGAACUUACCGCCGGCAAAGAAAAUUUGACUGAAGGCCAGAGUGAUCUGCGCAAAGAGGCGUCCCACAUGAGAAUGGAGCUGGAAACUAUGCGCAUCGUAGGCGAACAACACACCAACGAGAAAAAACAGUUUUUGGCGACGAUCGAAGAGCUGACGGUCUCUAAAAACUCCAACGAAGCGGAGGUGCGUCAACUCCAACAAAAAUUAAACGAAUCGAACGAUGAGUACGUUAAGCUGGUUGGACAGUGCAAUGCCUUAGAAACUGAAAAUCGAAGGCUGCAGAAGUCUGUGGAAGACCUUGAGAGCAAACGGGAUGCACUCAUAAGUGAACUCGAUGUUGCCGAACGCGAAGUGGCUGACACUCACAAGCAUUUACAUCAGAAAGGUCAGGAAGUCAACGAACUGUCGACGGCGAUUGAUCAAUUGAAGUCCGAAUCGGCGACAAGUCUUGCAGAUAAAGCAAAUGUUGAAGCUGAGUUGCAGCACAAUGUGGAUCUCGUGAAGCAGUUGAGCAAAGAGCUUGAAGACAACAAAAAGGAUCUGGUCGAAAAAACACAAUUGGUGGACUUACUACGGGACCAAGUGGAGACAUUGAAAGUUUCGGAAGGCUCGAUGAUAACCAAGAGUACCGAAUUGUCGGAGAACUAUGAGGCGCUGGUCACAAAAUUGGAAUUGGCUGAAAGUUCUAAAGAUUCUCUAAGUCUCCAAUGCACUUCACUGAACGAGGAACUGAAGGCAGUCCAGGACAAGUGCAAUGAAAUGGAAAAUAAAUUCGCUGAACGGAACUUACAUGCAAGUGCACAAGCUGAUCAAGUCAAAUCAUUGGAGAUGCAAGUGGAUUCGUUGAAGAAUGAAAUGUCGUCGAUGUCUGAGGUCGCUGCUCGUAAGCAGUCCGAACUGAAUGCAAUGUUGCGAACGAGCCAGGAAGAGAUGGCUGCAAAUUCGUCGAAAGCCGAUGCUAAGAUCGAGGAAUUGAAGCUGUCCAUAACCGAAUUGACCGUUCAGAACGAGAGUCUGUCGGUUGCCAAUGCCGAACUCAGCCGUCAACUGUCGCACAGCAAAAUCGAGUUCGAAUCGUACCAACGGAGCACCGAUUAUAAAGCGGAAAUCGAAGCGCUGGCUCACAGCAAGGAGACUUUAAGUGCGCAAGUCAACGAUCUGACCAGUGAAACGAAAAAAUUGGCGGAAGACCUUGCACAGGCCAGACGUGAAAAUGUUUCGUUGACCGACGAGAAUAUUGACUUGGCCACGGAAAUCGAAAAGGUUCGCACAGAAUAUGCGGAUAGCGAGUCAUCGAACCGAGACAAGAUCAAUUCGCUGAAAUCGGAGCUGAAUCGGUUGGAAACGGCCAAUUCGUCAAAUCAUCGCCGAAUCGAUGAUCUGCAGAAAUCCGUCGAGGCGAGGUCGAACGACAGUGGCGCCAAGGAUAAGUGUGCCAAAUUGGAGGCGGAUUUACAAGUGGCUCUGGCCGACCUCGAGACAAAGAUCCAGGAGUGUCGUGAGGGUCAAGAAAUUCACGCACAGCUGGUCCACGACAAUAAAAUUCUGUCGGCAAAAUUGACCCAACAUCGGAAAGUGACUGCGGAGCAAGAAGAGGCCUGGCUGAAGGAACGAACGGAAUUGAUGGAACAGAGGGAGAAAUCGUGUACGGAAAUCCGUUUCGAGUUGGAAGGCAAGCUGAGCAAAAUGAAGGAGAGAAUGAAACAUAUCUACAACGAAGAAACCAGCAGAUCGAAGGAGAAGCAAGAAAAGCAAGAACGAGAGCUGACAAACUACAAGCAGCAAUGUCAACUGCUCAACGAAAAGAUUGAAAAAUACGUUGCCCAUGUGCAAUCCAUUUCGACACAGGUGUACAAACUGAACGAGCAAAUAUUGGAGCUCAAGAAGGAGAAUGAAUUUCUGAAAAGUAAAUUGCGGCUCGCUGAAUCUAAUCCACGCGAAUCGAGACUAUUUCCACCACCAAAUUUCGGUUCGAAUUUGAAAAUCGAAAUGGAGGAUGAACUGGGUGAGGUCUUUAACAACACAUACCUGGCUGAUUUAAAGUCCGGAGGAGGGAGAACGUCACCAGUUGGCAGAGAAUCUAUCAGACAAUCCGAACUGCGUCAGCGAAAUUCCAUAGCAGCCAGACAUCUGCGAAGUACAUAUGCGGCCCAGUAUGGCGAUCAGAAUUUGAAGGAGGAGGACAUUUCAAUGCCGUAUUUCAACGACAGCAUGUUCAGCAAUCAGCUGGACGUCCGUCGCGGAACACUCUAUCAACGACCGGGACCACCGACGCCCAGUAAAAAUGGUGGCCGAUUAUCGUUCGGUGGCAGUACAAUCAAUGCCAGUGAUCUCUUUCCAAAGGACAUAUUGCGAGAACAGAACACCACCGCCAAAACCAAAACAACGCCCGGCAAAUUGAUGUCAAUGUUCUCAUCAUCAAAACAUAAGGAGACCGACGUACGCAAAGCGAUAACUAGACCGAUCUAUGCAGCAUUCACGUCGUCAACACCACGGCAAAAGUCCAAUUGGGCCAGAGAACGUAAAUCCAUUCUAGCAAUCAAAUUGAAUUCGACCGACAGUGAUGACAAUGAUGUCGCUUCAAUUGUAUCCAAUGAUUCGUUAUUGUCAAAGACUGGCGACCGACGACGAUCAAUUACACACCGAUUUUCCAUCAUAUCAAAAUCGAAGCGUGUCUCCGCUGUGUCGAACUUGAUCCAAAAAAAUCGGCUUGAAUAUCGCAAGAAAAACCAUUCCAAGCGUCAGAAAGGAUUCGAACAAAGUCGGGAAAUAUUUUUGAAAAUGGAUGACGAUGACGACAACAAUUUUCAGAUGGUUUUACGCGAAGACAUUAGCUACGCACAGCCAGACAAAUUGUUCACAUCGGAUCUAAGGCCGUCGGAGAAAUUCGAAGUUCUAACUAAGUGUACGAUAUCCGAGCAUCCGUAUUCAAAUGAACCAACGGCAAUCGAAGCAAUUGAAGUCACCGAAAGUUCAUUGACAUCGUCAGCAGCGUGUCAUUCGAAGACAAUGGGUAAUAUCAUUAUACAUGGGAAGAUACCAAGAAUUACGGUGAACGAAAUACCGCAACGGGAACUGAUCCAUUACAAUCAGCGAUCCGGUUCAAUAUGGUUGAGGCUAAUGGAUUUGACGAAGAAAUGUUUCUUUGGUUUAGUCUUGGUAGUGGUAUAUGCCAGCUACGUCAUGUGGAAUUUGUUGAGUCGACGAAAUGAGUAAAGAUUUUCAGACUUCUAUGUGACAGAAAGAAUCAUGUUUGCUUUUGCAGUUCAAUAAAAACAAAAAAAAAGUUUUCAAAUUUGA